AUGCAGCUGUGGAAGGCGGUGGCGGCGACGCUGGCCUUCAUGACGGCGGACAUCGGCGUGACCACGGCCAUCUACGUCCUCAGCCGCCCGGACCGCGGGCUGCUGGAGGACGUGCGCCACUUCAACGUCUUCGACUCGGUGCUGGACCUGUGGGCGGCCUGCCUGUACCGCAGCUGCCUGCUGCUGGGCGCCGCGCUCGGCGUGGCCAAGAACAGCGCGCUGGGGCCGCGGCGGCUGCGGGCCUCCUGGGUGGUCAUCGCCCUGGUGUGCCUCCUCGUGGGUGUCUACGCCGCCGUGAAGCUGCUGCUCUUCUCCGAGGUGCGCAAGCCCGUGCGGGACCCCUGGUUCUGGGCCCUCUUCGCCUGGACCUACGUCUCGCUCGCCGCCUCCUUCCUGCUGUGGCGGCUGCUGUCCGCCGUGCGGCCGGCCGCCAAGGCCCUGGAGCCCGGGGCGGGCGCCGAGGCCGAGGCCGAGGCCGAGGCCCCGGGCUUCCCCGCCGAGGACCAGCCGGCGGCGACCGAGCAGGCGUCGGGGGCCACGCUGCAGAAGCUGCUGUCCUACACCAAGCCCGACCUGGCCUUCCUGGUGGCCGCCUCCUUCUUCCUCGUCAUCGCGGCUCUGGGAGAGACGUUCCUGCCCUACUACACCGGCCGCGCCAUCGACGGCAUCGUCAUCCAGAAGAGCAUGGCGCAGUUCGGCACGGCCAUCGUGGCCAUGUGCCUGCUGGCCCUCGGCAGCUCAUUUGCCGCAGGUAUUCGGGGCGGCAUCUUCACCCUCAUAUUUGCCAGACUGAACGUUCGCCUCCGGAACCGCCUCUUCCGCUCGCUGGUGUCUCAGGAGACGAGCUUCUUUGACGAGAACCGGACAGGCGACCUCAUCUCCCGCCUCACCUCGGACACCACCAUGGUCAGCGACCUGGUCUCCCAGAACAUCAACGUGUUCCUGCGGAACGCAGUCAAGAUCGCGGGCGUGGUGGUCUUCAUGUUCAGCCUCUCAUGGCAGCUCUCCCUCGUCACCUUCAUGGGCUUCCCCAUCAUCAUGAUGGUGUCCGACGUCUACGGCAAGUACUACAAGAGGCUCUCCAAGGAGGUGCAGAACGCGCUGGCCCGCGCCAGCACCACGGCCGAGGAGACCAUCAGCGCCAUGAAGACCGUGCGCAGCUUCGCCAACGAGGAGGCGGAGGCCGAGGUGUACGCGCAGAAGCUGCAGCAGGUGUACAAGCUCAACCGGAAGGAGGCGGCCGCCUACACCUACUACGUCUGGGGCAGCGGGCUCACGCUGCUGGUGGUCCAGGUCAGCAUCCUCUACUACGGCGGCCACCUCGUCAUCUCGGGGCAGAUGACCAGCGGCAACCUCAUCUCCUUCAUCAUCUACGAGUUCGUCCUGGGGGACUGCAUGGAGUCCGUGGGCUCCGUCUACAGCGGCCUGAUGCAGGGCGUGGGGGCCGCCGAGAAGGUCUUCGAGUUCAUCGACCGGCAGCCAACCAUGGUGCACGACGGGAGCCUGGCCCCCGACCACGUGGAGGGCCGCGUGGACUUCGAGAACGUGACCUUCACCUACCGCACCCGGCCCCACACCAAAGUCCUGCAGGACGUCUCCUUCAGCCUGUGCCCGGGGAAGGUGACGGCGCUGGUGGGGCCCUCGGGCAGCGGGAAGAGCUCCUGCGUGCACGUCCUGGAGAACUUCUACCCGCUGGAGGGCGGCCGCGUGCUGCUGGACGGGAAGCCCAUCGGCGCCUACGACCACAAGUUCCUGCACCGCGUGAUCUCCCUGGUGAGCCAGGAACCGGUGCUGUUCGCCCGCUCCAUCACGGAAAACAUCUCCUACGGCCUGCCCACCGUGCCCUUCGAGAUGGUGGUGGAGGCAGCGCAGAAGGCCAAUGCCCACGGCUUCAUCAUGGAGCUGCAGGACGGCUACAACACAGAGACCGGGGAGAAGGGCGCCCAGCUGUCCGGGGGCCAGAAGCAGCGCGUGGCCAUGGCCCGGGCCCUGGUGCGGAAGCCGCCCGUGCUCAUCCUGGACGAGGCCACCAGCGCGCUGGACGCGGAGAGCGAGUUCCUGAUCCAGCGCGCCAUCCAUGGCACCCUGCAGCAGCACACGGUGCUCAUCAUCGCGCACCGGCUGAGCACGGUGGAGCGGGCGCACUGCAUUGUGGUGCUGGACAAGGGCCGCGUGGUGCAGCAGGGCACCCACCAGCAGCUGCUGGCCCAGGGCGGCCUCUACGCCAAGCUGGUGCAGCGCCAGAUGCUGGGGCUCGAGCCCACCCUGGACCGCGCGGCCGGCCACAGCGAGGCCUGA